ACAAUGGAGUACACACCACCGAUACAUAUAAAUGUUUUGUGAAUCGGUAUACUUCCAUUAGGUGUGAAAAAAGCAUUUGUAGUUCCAGCGAAACUAUUGACAUUGACCCUUUCAAGCACCACGCUUGAAAUAAAUGAAAAGCCUUGUCACAUUAACAUCUGACCUUUGUCUUAGUGGAGAGAUAACCAACAGUUACUAAUGAGCUUUUGUAUCUUGCUCAAGAAAACUGAUAUGGAAAUGUAAAAUGAAGCUUCCAGUAGUUUGAUGACUUCCCCAAACUGGUUUCCAGCUUGUCAUUCUCGGUCAAUUAUUACCCUCUCUAACAUAUCACAGCCAAAUAACUGCGGGGUCACAGUAGGAUCCUGCAGGAGAGACGAAAUUGAUGUGCGACCGGAGGAUGCUGUCGAAGCUGAGCGAAGCACUGUGGAACUAUCACAGCCUUCUCCUGAUCAUCCUCACGCCGCUGCUGCUGCUCCCUCUUCCUCUGGUCAUCGGAACAAAGGAGGCAGAAUGUGGCUUUGUGUUGCUGCUGAUGGCAAUAUACUGGAUAACAGAGGUGAUUCCACUGUCCAUGACCGCCAUGCUCCCCGCCAUCCUCUUCCCCCUGUGUGGCAUCAUGUCGUCCUCCAAUGUGGCAAAGGAGUAUUUUAAUAACUUCCACUUCCUGCUUGUGGGUGUUGUCUGCCUCGCCACGUCCAUCGAGAAGUGGGGCCUCCACCGCAGAGUCGCCCUGAGGCUCGUCACCUUGGUGGGGGUCAACCCUGCUUGGUUGUUGCUUGGCUUCAUGUCCGGCUGUGCCUUCCUCUCAAUGUGGGUCCAAAACACAUCAGCUGUUACCAUGGUGAUGCCCAUCGUAGAUGCUGUUCUCCAACAGAUUCUAAAGGCGAAUGAAGAGGGAUACUCUGGUGAAGACAACCCUACCCUGGAGCUGGACGAAAUCAACAACUGUACUGCAAAAAAUAAAGAAGCUCUGAGUGACAGCACAGAGCCAGAUGUCCCCACAGAAACCUUCACUUCUGUUCAAAUACCAGCAGAGUCGCAGCCUGCAGCAGACGAGGCUGCAGAGAACGUACCCACGGCCUCCCACAGGGACACAGGAUGUCGACAGGGUCGGAUGCUAUGCAAAGCCAUGUGCAUCGGCAUUGCCUACUCCUCCAACAUUGGCGGCAUCACCACGCUGCCCGGAACCUCUCCUAACCUCAUAUUCGCUGAGCACCUCAACCGCGUUUACCCAGACUGCAACAGCAUCAACUUUGCCAACUGGCUCCUGUUGUGCCUGCCCAUCAGUGUUAUCAUGCUGCUGCUGACAUGGUUGUGGCUGUAUUGGAUCUUCAUUGGCUCAGACUUCAAGUUCCUGUGGCAGUGUCGGGGAGAGCAGUCUGAGAGAGAGAGGGCGGUGAAAAAGGUGCUGGAAGACGAGUACAAGAAGCUGGGAGCCAUUCGUUCUCAGGAGAUCUUCACCGGGGUGGUUUUUGUGGUGAUGGUUUUGUUGUGGUUGACCAGAUCUCCAGGUUUUAUACCCGGCUGGGCUUCCCUCUUCCCUCAUAAAUCCAACUACAUCACAGAUGCCACUGUGGCUCUGGUGCUGGGCGUCCUCCUCUUCAUCGUACCUGCUCACGGACCCUCCAGAAAAUAUGAGUCAAUGAUUUCCUGGAAAGAGUUUCAGGCCUCCAUGCCGUGGCAAGUUGCCCUGAUGGUCAGUGGAGGCUUUGCCCUCGCUAAAGGUGCAGAGGAGUCAGGUCUGUCUUUAUGGCUGGCCAGGCUGAUGACACCUCUGGGCGACCUCCCAGUCUUAGCCACAGUCACAGUGGCUUGCCUCCUUACCACCACACUGACAGAGGUGGCCAGCAACGCUGCCACCAUCACCAUCUUCCUCCCCAUUCUCUCUCCUCUGGCCGAGGCCAUACACGUCAACCCUUUGUACAUCCUGAUCCCCGCCACCCUGUGCACAUCCUUCUCCUUCCUCCUGCCAGUGUCCAACCCACCAGGUGCUGUGGUGUAUGGCUAUGGACACUUUACCACCCUAGAUAUGGUUAAGGCGGGACUUGGCGUCAACACGAUUGGAGUCCUCGCCGUCCUGCUGGCCAUGGCAACUUGGGGAAUUCCUUUGUUCUCGCUGGAUACGUACCCCGACUGGGCACCGACCUUCAACUCCACGACGCCUUGAUGAGCGGACUCCGGGCGUAGUUUUCAGUGGUCAGACUCUGAAUCCUGAAAGAGACUCAAAAAAGGCUCCCGAGUUCGAUGCUUAAGAAAUAGAUUAAUGUGCUUUAACUAACCCAAAGCUGAAUGGGUGUAUUCAUGUUUCUGUAGUGGUGUUACUGCUUCCUCUCCACCAACAGGUAAACAUUUAGAAGCCCCUGUUUCGGUGCUGCAGUCGCGGUAAACCUGGUUGCCAACAAAAAACAUUUAAAGAAGUCAUGUUGUCAGCAAAUCUAAUGUGCAGACCCAGGCUAAUAAUCAGUUUAUCUUACUACAUCUUCUUUUUCUCUAUCAUAACACUCCACUGUUUUUCAAAAGUCAGGAUGAGAUAUCCUCCUAAAAAUCCCCCCAAAUACUCCCAAACUGCAGCUUAGCAGAGAAGAGAAUGACGUCUUUGCUGCCGUCCUGAGUCAUUUUGCAUUCAACAAUAGAUGCCCAGCCCUGAAAACCUUUGGAUUUGCACUUCUUCAUUGCACCUUUUUAAAGUUAUUUACUAUACUUUAUAGGUAAAUUAAUAUUUAAAAAAUUUGCCAACUGAAGUUUGAUGUCACGGAAUGUUACUGGAAUAAACAAUCGGAGCAAUUUGAGUUUUUCUAUUUGUUACCAUCAUGCUGAGUGCUGCUGCAGGCAGGAUGAGGACCUAAACGCAGGACUCGAAACAAUAAGGUAAACUGAAGGAAGCAGCUUAUUGCACUGUAGCAAAACCUUUACAAACACAGAAAAGAAAACCUGGACGGGGACCUAAAAGAAAACAGGGAGCUAGGAACAAGGGUCGUGUUUGAUCUGGGAGAGAUCAAACACGACGAGACAGGGAAUAAGCAAAACUGAAUACCCUAAACGCAGGACAAGGAACUAUUAAAAUAAAACAGGAAACAUGAGAUGCGGGUUAGACACUGGGGGCGCCCAAAUUCAUGGGCUACAUCCUCCCGAGGCCGCAUUUGUAGGCCAAUUACGUCACAGUGACGCAACGAAGGCUGUCCAAAUUCGUAGACUCCUCCGAAUGCGGCCGACAAAUGCGUGCUCCUUUUCCCCACAUUCGAAGGACGGGUCAGGUGUAUCCUUCGUGGCCCACCAUAUCCCAGGAUUCAUAGCGCAGCCCAGCCAAUUUCCGUUUCCAUCAAUGGCGGGAGCUACUUAGUUUUAAUAUUACUCUUAUUAUUCUUU